AUGGUAUUUAUUCUCAAGACUUCCGAAUCUUGCAUACCAACUCAAAAUGUGGAGCCUGUCGAUCCAUUCCCCUGUCAAACUUGUUCGAAAAUCUACGAUGCCACGUGUCAAGGAGUAAAUCUUCCCAGUCCCUCCAGUUAUUGCUUGAAAGACACAGAUGUCCCAGUUGUUUUCUCCAUCCAACCGUCUCCCUCUAAUUUCGGAGAUCAAAAUCCGAUGUGCGCAACGUACCUAACGUGCCCCGGCGCAACUACCGAGCAAUUUGAUGUAUUCAGGGGAUAUGGUUACGUUUCGGUUCCCGGAAAUGCGGACAACACGCCGACGUUCGUAUUUUGUCAUGAAUCGGGUCCGAAGGCAGGAAUGUGGUUUGCAUUAAUCGAUGUUCAUGAUGAGGAAAUGAAUUCAAUGAGGUGUAGCAGUUGA